AUGAACCUAAGCGAGCACUGGAGUGUUUGUGGAAGUCAAAUAGAAGCAAGCAAAACUGAAGAAUUCAGAAGGAGGAAAAGGAAGAGGAAGAGGAAGAGAAAGAAGAAGAGGAAGAAGAAGAAGAAGAAGAAGAUCACCUGUGCAGCCAACCAGCAAACACUUCCUUCAGAGGCUCCUCAGAAAAGGUUCACAGAAAGUGAAAGGAUGAACCACGCUCACUCGUUAGUCGGACUGUGGCUCCUCGUCAUCAUCCAAAGCAGCUGGCAGCUUUCUGACCACAACACCAACUCAGUGCACAAGUUGAUCCCCAGUGAGCGUGUCGAGGAGUCACUCGUGCCGCACAGCAAGAGACAUUCUGAGGGCACCUUCUCUAACGACUACAGCAAAUACUUGGAGAGCAGGCGGGCUCAGGACUUUGUGCAGUGGCUCAAGAACUCCAAACGAAAUGGAAGUCUAAUCAGACGGCACGCGGACGGAACCUACACCAGUGAUGUCAGCUCCUACAUGCAGGAGCAGGCAGCCAAGGAGUUUGUGAGCUGGCUGAAGGCGGGCCGAGGAAGACGACAGUAGAGAGAAACCACGUUCCUGUCCUCACACGCCACUCUGUGCCAUUAAAGCUUUCACAAUGUCUA